AUGGCCGAUGCUCUCACAAUAUUUCUAAAAUUGCUUAGUUUCCUCUUUAUGCUUAUUGUUUUGUGUGGCAUGGUGAUUCAUAAUCUGGCAUUUGCUGAUCAGAGAGCAAGACUAAUGAUGUCAAUGGAAGGAUUAAGCAAAUUUGGUGACAGAAUUAAGGAAAGUAGAAGAACCAUCGUGGAAACAGAGGAGCUGGGUGCCUCAGCUCUUCAAGAUUUGCACUCUCAGCGACAGUCUCCAUGGCAGCAUGGAGUGGAAGAUACAAUAGGAAAGAGCAAGAAAGUUUUGACUGCCAUGUCAAGGAGGAUGAGCAGGAACAAGUGGAUUAUUGGCACCAUUAUUGCAGUUCUUGCAUUGCUAUUGUCUUGA